CGCCAGGCGGUCACGUGAUCCGUAGUGCACGUCACGCCUUUAGAGGACCAAGAUGGCGGUGUGUGUAGCUGUCAUUGCUAAGGAGAACUAUCCAUUAUACAUUCGCAGCAUCCCCACGGAGGACCAGUUAAAGUUCCAUUACACAGUCCACACCUCCCUGGAUGUGGUGGAUGAGAAAAUCUCGGCUAUGGGGAAAGCUCUGGUGGAUCAAAGAGAACUUUACCUGGGGCUGUUGUAUCCUACGGAGGACUACAAAGUAUAUGGCUACGUCACCAACUCCAAAGUGAAAUUUGUCAUGGUGGUAGAUUCCUCUAACACGGCUCUCCGGGACAAUGAAAUCCGCAGUAUGUUCCGCAAGCUUCAUAACUCCUAUACAGAUGUCAUGUGCAACCCCUUUUAUAACCCCGGAGACCCCAUUCAGUCACGGGCUUUUGACAACACAGUCUCCUCCAUGAUGGUGCCCGCAUGCUGAACUACUUGUGAAGAUCUUGUAUAUAGGGGUUUGGGGCUGUGUGCAUGUGUGUGUGUAUAUAUAUGUA